AUGAAGCAAGGUUCAAUUGAAUACUUGAGAAUUGAGGUUUCUGACAGUAUGGUCAGCAAGGACGGUUUCGUGUUGGUCGGGAGCGUUGCAGGGCAGAGAUAUUGGUCGUCGAUGUUGAACGAUCAGGCGACGAUAACCUGCGGCAUCUGGACACCGGACGACCAGCAGGUGUAUUUCGGAACGACCGCUGGUCAGCUGAUAGUGAUGGAUGUCCAUGGGGCGAUGGUUUCGGAGAUCCAGCUGGCUGCUGGUGUCACCUCCAUGGCUUGGAGCGCGGAAAAAUUCAAGAUGGAGGAAGGGGACGAUGACGUCGGUGGAAAUCAAUUGCAGCAAGACGAACGAAGUUACGUCCUGGCUGUUUGCCUGGCUGACGGGAACAUCGUGAUGCUGCGCUCCUUUGACGACGUGUCGCCCAUUACGAUACGAACCAAUCUGAGAGCCCCCCUGCACGCCGAAUGGAGCAACUCGAGGAAGCUCCUGGCCAUAGCUGGCACCAAGGAAGGUGACAUCGUGCAACCGAGCACCCCGGAAUACACCAAUUUGUUGAAAUUCUACUCGGAUACCGGAACCCUGGUCUACACCACGGUCAUUCCGUAUACGCAGUGUCCAGUUUCUGCGCUGACGUGGGGCCACAACGACAGACGCCUCUUCGUGGCCACCGGUGCUCGUGUUCAUGCGGCUUGGGUCUCGAGGAGAGUGGGAUCCCUUCAACUGUUGUCAAGAUUAGCCGUCAGGGCGGCUCUCAGUAGGGAGUACAGCGUGCAGCAGCUACCUCUGCCUCCCAGAUUAAGGGCCUUGGUCGCUGCACUUUUCGCCAGUACAAUUAGAUGCUGCGUCCCUGAACCGCGAGAACUGCGGCGAUUCGUGUCCAGGCCUCCUCCAGGUGGAGGAAGGUUGCACUGCACGAUGCUGAGGCAUGCUGGGGAACCGGCCCCUUGUUACACCUUGUACUUAGAGUACCUGGGUGGUCUAGUGCCUCUUUUGAAGGGCCGAAGAACCAGCAAGAUACGGCCGGAGUUCGUCAUCUUCGAUCCGCAGAGUCAGAACACUCUUCAGGUUCCCGAUUACGCGACGCAGUGUCCUUCGUACAGCGAUGGCUCCGACACCGAAAGAGACAACGCCGAGUUGUGUGGCUCCCCGAGGAAUCGCAGGAAAAACAGGAGAAGGAAGGAGGAGAAACCGACCGAGGAAAACGACGACCUCGCCUACGUGGACACGCUCCCAGAGCACGCGAGGCUGGUGGAGGUCACAUCGAACAUCUGGGGCACGAAGUUCAAAAUCCACGGUCUGGCAGACUCGGUUCCGGCGAAUUUGGGCCAAGUCACGUACAGGACCUCGCUGUUGCACCUGCAGCCUAGGCAGAUGACGUUGGUGAUGACCGAGUUACGGGAUGACCUACCAGCGGGUCCAGACCCUACGUUUAACCCGAAUCUCUUCUCGGAGGACGAGGAGGAAGCGUACCAGGAACCUCAGGGCACCUCUCGAAGCACUCCAGAGGCCCAGGCGCCCCCGAUCGCCCCGAUGACCCCGAGGAACACCCGACUGAACUCCACCAGGCCGAAAUCCCAGGUGUCGAAUCAAUUCCUGCCAACGGAGCCUCAUCCUCCAGCCCUGGCUCGCGCGGAGAGCUACGAGGACGAGUUCCCGUACGUCGACCUCCAAGACAUGGUGAACUUCUGCGAGAACCUGCGCACCACGUCCGCCAACACAUACCGAACCCCACCACGACACAACGCCCCGAGAUGCUGCGACGUCCCGGCAUUGCAGUCUCCAAAGAACGCAGUGGCACCCACGCAAACGCUGAUAGCCACGUCUAACCCCAGCACCGACUACUCCGGGAACAUCCAGAGGGUGAAGAACGCGCUGGCGGACCAGCAGACGAGCAUGGCGAUGAAGAAGGAGCUGGAGAACAACAAGAUCAACCAGAUCUCAGAGGAGAAGAGCUGCCUGGGGCCCUGUCCGACCAACAUCAUCCCCACGUCCAUGCAGAACGGACAGAUGUCUCCAGGGGGAGGCUUGAACUCUCGAGCGUGCACCCAGAACCCCAUGAUGAACGGCUUGAACAGUCCAGGCACUUGCUCGCAACCUCAGACCGUGUACAUGAACGGCCUCAACAGCAUGGGGUGUUCCAACAGCGUGCUGAACGGCAACCAGGGCUCCAUUCUGCAAGGUGGAACGAUUAAUGUACAUCCUAAGAAUACUGUAAACCAAGGGGCGGGUUCUUUGAUGAGUCAGGCGCCCCCGUUCCCCAAGGGUUCUGGGUCUCCUACGUGUUCCUAUCCGUUCCCGGGGAACUCGGGCUCUUGUCAGUCGGGGCAGAUCUCACAUUCUGGUCAAGGUAAGCUCAAGGAGGGCAAGGCUGGGUGCUGUGGUAAGUCGGGGAAGUCGGAGGAGCUGAGGUUCAUCGACGAGGAGAUCAGGAGCACGGAGGGCACGGUGCAGCCUAGAAUUGUUCAUCGAACACACACCGUCAUGAGCAUCGGGCCUCUGUGUGUGGAUGACACGAUUGUCAGAAGCUGCAGCGUUGGGUACUUGGACCUUGUCGAUGCUCAGAUGGUGCCCUGCGACGUGGCGUUGAAGAUGCUGAUCAAGGAGGCCCCCAACAAAAGGCUGGUGCUCGUCUCGAGGAAGACGCGCAGGAGGAAGAAGAACAAGACCCAGCACGAGAUCGGGCAGCAAAGCGCGAAGCCUAGGCUGAAGAACUGCGGGAAAUCAAGGAGCCUCGACUCCAGCGAUAUCUUCCCCAGCACCGAGCAGAUCGCUCUGCCUCCUCAACUUCCGGAGCACCUGGAAGAGACGACUACUGGGAACCUCGAGGCCAUGCCGGAAGAACCGACCAAGGUGGAAAGGGAUCUGGCCACCCAGGUCGAGGAGAAGCUGGAGAAGGGCCUGCCAGAAGCCGAAGAGGCGGCGGACAAGAAGCUGAACAGACUGGAAGCGUGUGCCUCCACGACCAGAGGAUCCAGCCCCACUGGUUCCUUGGCCUCUUCCCUCGAUGGACUUGCCGCAAGACUUCGAGAUUUCGACGACAGCCAUUCUUUACCUCCGCCAUCUCCUCGCCCGUGUUCCAGGCUACCCAGAAGUUCACCGAGCAGCCCGGCACCGUCGAAAAAGGGUAAAAGACCCGCCUCGGCGUCUCCUAUCAGAAGGAGACUAUUGUCGAGUCCUUUGUUGAGCAGAAGAGCGAGGAAGAACAGAGGCGAAAGCUCCGACGACGAGGGUCUCGUCCAGGACGAGUCAUCGCGAAGUUAUCGCAACUUAGAGACAUUCCAGAAAGCACAGCUUCGCCAAAAGUUGAAGCAAAGGGGUGCAAAUUUAUCGGCGCACAAAACGGAGGUAACUAGGAGGGAACUGGUGAUGCAUAACAAAGCUCCUAUGUGGAACGAGUCCAGUCAAGUGUAUCAACUAGACUUUGGGGGAAGAGUCACGCAGGAAAGCGCAAAGAACUUCCAGAUCGAGUUCCGGGGCAAGCAGGUGAUGCAGUUUGGGAGAAUCGACGGCAAUGCCUACACGCUGGACUUUCAAUACCCUUUCAGCGCCUUGCAAGCCUUCGCCGUAGCCUUGGCAAACGUGACCCAGCGGCUCAAGUAACCAUCAAUCUCCAGUACUUCAUUCGACAUAUGUACGGAUUUAGUUAUUACAAUUAAUCGCCACUGUCGAAAAGUCCGCCUAUCCGUGCCGAAGCUUUACAAACGCUUCCCAAAGCCGGGUCUUCUAAACUAAAACUAAACUCUCGCCGAGGGCGAGAAUACAUCCAACUGACUCCUCGGAAUUUCAUUUCCUUGCUUCUAGAUGUCGUUAUAACUUGGACAAUGUCGAGAGGAAACCAUUUCUCGGCUUCCAGGUCCGUGCGGAAUUUGGAGUACGAAUACUAAUGGCAGAUUCCAUGGAGCGCAGCGUCUGGAAGAAGUCAAGUUGGAUGAGCAGGUUGAAAGAAGGGACACUAAAUGGAGGAGCCAGAAGAAGAAGGAUACGGUCUUCGAGAUCAAGGUCCUGGGUAAAUCGAUGAACGAGAUGACAAGUCGUCGUUGCUUGUUCCAUCCGUCGAAGACUCCUGAAGACUUUUCUUCCAUCGAGGACACCUCCAGGUCUCCUUGAUUGACGGACAGGAUUUUCCCUGAAGGAGUCGCCAGCGGUUUGGAUUCCGAGACCGAACGUUACCGUGGAUGUCUUUCGUUGAAUGAUUUGACGCAUUAAUGUCAUACCGUCCAAGGUGUUUCGUUUUUCCCCCCGGAUUUCGAGAGCGCUCAUUUGUAUAGUUUAUACUACGCGUUAAAGUGUAUCGGCGAUGUUAACGAGGGUCUCGUUUAGUUUUGCUCUCCGCGGUGUACCCGAAUUUUAUAUACACCGGACUUCGGCGUCCCCCGACUUUCGGAAGACCCGUAGUCCCUCGAUUAAGUACUUCGUAAAUCGUAAAACCGUACGGGAACCAACGUCCGGCCUGAAUAGCCUCGAUACUAUAAAGAAAACGUACCGAUACAAGACACGUUUCCGGCGCAAGGCACAUACGAAUACCUGCGCUGCCAUUAUCGACCCUACUACACUGUACACAUGCCUAAGUAUACUUGUAAGUAAGUGUUCGGGCCUACGAGAAACUGCUGAGAAACACUGAAAGUUUUUAACAAAUUACAUUUCUGGAGCACGGGGCACCCAAACAAUCCGGAAGCGACCGAUACCUCGGCAAGGAAGUCGUCCUGGACCGCUAAAACGAAAAUUGAUAUCAAUUUGGAUAAUGACUCCCCUUAAGGCUGUAUGAAGGGGUCAUUCUAUAUAUACGAGACAUCAAAAUAUUUAUAAAAUUUCUCUCUAAACUGGGUGCAACGAAUAAUUCAA